GGGAAGAAAAAAAGAAAAAAAAAAAAAAUGUUUUUUUGUAUUUUGUUUGAAGUUUAUUUUCGCAACUUUGGCAGAAACAGAGAGGCCAAGCUAAACAAAGGAGAGCCCACAGAGGACAGGAGCUCUCACUCUCUUUGGGAGCUCAAAGCCCACUGCUCCAACGGACUCCUUCUUCUCUCUGCUCUUUUUUCUUUUUUCUCUUCUCUAACCAAGUAACCUAGUCCCUUUCUCUGUAUCUCUCUCUCUCUCUCUCUCGCUUUCUAUAUACAUAUCUGUGUAAGUGUUGGUGGGUGUCUGAGUGGGAUUUUGUGAAUGUCAGUUUUACGUCAAAAGUGUGAACAAUUUGGAUCUGCCCUCCUUUGUUUUCUUCCGAAUUUCAGCGUUUCUGAGUGGGAAUUCUUUCUUCUUCGGUGAAUUUGGAGUUUUUAGUUGGUGGGUAGUGAUGCUUUGCUUUUUUUCUUUUUUUGGGAUGAUAUUUGGGCAGGUUGUGGUUGUUAUUAGGUACUUAAGAUCCGGGUGAUCCAAGCAGAAGGUAAAAAGUCUGUUCUGUCUAGGGUUUAUUAUCUGGUAAUUAUACGCUGUCCAGAUACAAGGUAUCUUAUUCUUCACGCUUAGCGUUAUUGUCAAACUUCAACAACAAGCUGGAGAAGCUUCUCCUUUGAUUUUGACCUCAAGUAUGGUUUUGGUGAAUGCAUAUGUGAGCAAAAAGAAUCAAAGAUAGACACCUAAAAAAUUUAGCUUUCUCAUUUAUUAGAAAUGGGUUUAUGAAUUAUACAAUAUUUUGAAACUAGAAAACAGGUUCUGACUGGUAUCUCCUGGUUGGUUGGGGGGGAUAUUGGUAUGGCUGUUGCUCUCAGCAACAGCAGUGAACCAUCUACACGGCCUUGCAACUGUUAUAAAGUCCCUAGCUUGACUGCUACCAUUUUGGAGGCAAACCAGACCUCAAAUCUGAAAGAUCGAUACAAUCUUGGAGAGCAAUUGGGUUGGGGGCAGUUUGGUGUUAUCAGGGCUUGCACUGAUAAGUUGACCGGAGAGGUGUUAGCUUGCAAAUCCAUUGCCAAGGAUAGAUUGGUGACCUUAGAUGAUGUUCGGAGUGUCAAGCUUGAGAUUGAAAUUAUGACCAGGUUAUCUGGCCACCCAAAUGUUGUAGAUCUCAAAGCUGUCUAUGAGGAGGAAGACUAUGUUCAUCUGGUGAUGGAACUUUGUGCUGGAGGGGAGCUUUUCCUCCAGUUAGAAAAACAUGGGCGAUUCUCCCAGUCAGAUGCUAGAGUUCUCUUUAGGCAUCUCAUGCAGGUGGUCUUGUAUUGUCAUGAAAAUGGGGUUGUUCAUAGAGACUUGAAGCCCGAAAACAUCCUCUUGGCAACAAAAUCCUCAUCGUCUCCUAUUAAAUUGGCAGAUUUUGGUCUUGCCACCUAUAUCAAGCCUGGGCAAAGUUUACAUGGGUUGGUUGGAAGUCCAUUCUAUAUAGCUCCUGAGGUACUUUCAGGGGGCUAUAAUGAGGCAGCAGAUGUUUGGAGUGCAGGGGUCAUCCUUUACAUUCUUCUCAGUGGGAUGCCACCAUUUUGGGGGAAGACAAAGUCGCGAAUAUUCGAGGCUGUUAGGGUAGCUGAUCUGAGGUUCCCAUCUGAUCCUUGGGAUCACAUUUCUGAAUCAGCUAAGGAUUUGAUUAGGAAAAUGCUCUGUACAGAUCCUUCCCGAAGGUUGACUGCUCAGCAGGUUUUAGAUCAUUCAUGGAUGAAAAGCAGUGUAUCAUGUUCUGAACAACCAAGUCGAAGUGCAAACCAACAUCAUGGAGAAUGUGAUGUGGGUGGCAACUCAUUCUCUACCCCACUUAUGUCCAGAAAUCAGGACAUCAGCUUUGGCGCUGGAUCUGGAUCACCAAUUACCUGCGACACCCAAUCACCUGCAUUCACGUGCAGGUCAUCUUUUUCUUCUUUUUUGGUGGAACCAACAACUCCUUCGUUGGCAUCUUGUGGGUUUUCAUUCCGGUGUAGCGGCGAUUCUAAUGGUUUAGAAAUCUCUUAUCCUCUUCCUUCAAUGCCAAGCUUUGCAUUCUUCAGUCCUGGUUCUGGGUUUGAGCAAGGAAGGUGUUCCCUAGAGGUCUCAGCCAACACAUCCAGAGUAGAAUCAAUUCAUGGAGAUGCAAACUUGGGGACGCUCCUUGUGUUGCCAGAUUCUUCCCUUUGCUUUGGGCAUGUAGCCACAGAGUUGGAGAAUAAGCCAGGAGAAUAUAAAAGGUCAGAAGGAACAAACUGGUCUAAAAUGUCAGGCAUUCACAGCAAGAUAAAUCGUACAAUUGGACUUGGUGAACAUGAGCAACUUGAUCUAAUGGUAACCGAAUCAGUCAUCCGUUGGUCAUCAUGCACACAUCUUCCAAACUCACUUAGGUCUUCUCUUGUCUGUUGAAAGGUUAGACCACAAGUUAGAGUGCUUCUGAUGUGGUUGGGAGUAUGUAAAUUGACAUUCCCACGUGAGGUUUCAUGGUUGGUGCAUUAGAGUAGGGUUUUAUCUUUUUGGUUGGUACCCAUGUAUCUUGGAAAUGUUGUGUCAAUUUCAUGUAGUUUCAAGCGGGUGUUGUGACGGGGGUGGAUGUCUUUCCGAUUUGAAGAGGAGUUUUUGGUAUUCGGUUUUCACUAGCAGGUGACAAAAAUAACAAGUUCUGGCUAAUGGAGUGGGGUUUGUGCCUUGUAAAAUAGCAAGUUUGAUAAUCACAGAAUGAAGUUUUCCAA